AUGGGUGUCACCGUAAAGCAGAUGUCAUUGACAGUGGCCUUUUUCGGCGUGCUCUCGUUCGUUUUCGGAGUGAUUGCCGAAAACAAGAAGCCUGCAUCUGGAACUCCAAUUCCAGGGAAAGGUGUUGUGUACUGCAAGUAUCCUUCUGACCCAUCAGUUGUCCUGGGAUAUCUGUCUUUUGCCUUCCUCCUGGUAUCUACAGUGGCUGGGUUCUUGUCAUUGUUUUACCCAUAUAAAGGAAAGUCCCUCCCACAGGCCGCUUUGUUCCGAAGCACUAGUUUUGUUGUAUUCUUCAACAUUUCUCUGCUUACAGCCGGACUUGCUGCGGCUCUGUUGCUAUGGCCCACAAUAACCGAGCAACUUCAUCGAUCACGAAAUGUUCAUCGUAAUCUUGAGACCGCUUGCCCAACUGCUAAGACUGGACUCCUAGGUGGCGGCGCUUUUGUAUCCCUUGAUGCAUCACUGUUGUGGUUGGUUGCCCUUAUGUUAGCUGACAAUGCCAGAGAGGAUUACUUCGAGGAGACUGAAAAGGAUGUUAAGGGUGAGUACGGACAAGUUUCUGCAGUUGAUUAUGAUGGACGUGUGAAUGUGAAAGGAAGUGCUUGA